AGUGGCUGAUGGCUAUUGGCAACUUGCGAUCGGUUACCGGUUGAGUGAAGUUGCUUGUAAACCGCGAAAAUGGCCAAGGCAGAGAGCAGCCUCCCAAACUCCAGAUGGUCUCUCAAAGGAAUGACUGCCCUCGUCACCGGUGGCACUCGUGGAAUUGGGUAUGCCGUGGUGGAAGAGCUAGCUGGGUUUGGUGCGGCUGUGCACACCUGUUCUCGGAACGAAGCGGAACUUCACAAGUGCCUAAAGGAAUGGGAGGCUAAGGGCUUUCUGGUCACUGGGUCUGUUUGUGAUGCCUCGUCUAAAACCGAGAGAGAAAAGCUCGUGCAGCAAGUGGCUUCUUCUUUCAAUGGCAAGCUCAACAUACUUGUAAACAAUGUUGGGACAAACAUCAGGAAGCCAACUACUGAGUACACUUCUGAAGAAUAUUCAAUAGUCAUGGCUACCAACUUAGAAUCCACAUACCAUCUUUCCCAACUUGCACAUCCUCUUUUGAGAGCAUCUGGAGCAGGAAGCAUUGUGUUUAUAUCCUCUGUUGCUGGCUUGGUGGGCAUAGGCUCUGGGACCAUUUAUGCAGCAAGUAAAGCUGCAAUUAAUCAGCUUACAAAAAACCUGGCUUGUGAAUGGGCAAAAGACAAUAUCAGGAGCAAUUCUGUUUGCCCUUGGUAUACCAGAACCUCACUUGUGGGACAUUUGUUGGGUAACAAGGAAUUUUUGGAAGAGAUAACCUCACGUACCCCUAUUGAUCGUGUCGCAGAACCUGAGGAGGUCUCAUCUCUGGUAGCCUUCCUCUGCCUACCUGCUGCUUCUUACAUCACUGGACAGAUUAUUUCUGUUGAUGGAGGAAUGACUGUGAACAGUUUUAACCCCAUUAGGCGGCCAUAUUGAUUUUUGAGCCCCUGUCUCUCACGUUCUUACGCCCAUGUUCUGUUAUGUUUUUAUGGUAUACAAUUGUCUUUAGUUUGUCAUUUUUUCAUGUAUUUUUCUGACCUCUCCCAGAUGCUCAGCCAGUGUUUUACCACUUAUUAAGCUGAACUCGGCAUCAUUUCCUUGUGAGAAACUUUUGAACAAAAAUUGUGGUCCUAUGUUGGGUCACGUUUUACUUGUA